AUGUCAGCUAUUGGAGAAAGUUUAGGAUUAGGUGAUACAUUCUUUUUGGAUCCAAAUUUUGAGACUAUUGUCACUCCUUUGGAAGAAUUGGCAAUUCAUGAAGAGGAUAAAAAGAAGUUUCCUCCAAUUCGAUAUGGGGAUUAUAUUCUAGCAAAAGUAUUUGCAGUGUUUCCAGAGUUGAAAGAUAAUGCUUUGAAAUUUAAUGAAUAG